GUUGUGUGUGUUCACUUCAUUCCAAAUUUGUCCCCUUCAUCUCCACGCGCACACACUCUCUCUCUACUUCGUCUUUGCUGUCAGCCAUUUUACGCCAAAGAAACCCAAACCCAAACAUUCUGAAACUUACCUUCAAGUUGCUACAUUGUUUACUGUAACUCUUUCUUUUUCUCAAGUUUAAAGAGUGGUGCUGUUUUUGUUGAGAGUGGAGGGUAAAACUUAAAACCCAGCUGAACAAACCCUAGCAACCUUCAACUCCACCCCAUUCCAUCCUUAGAUUGGAUCAAGAACCUCUUUUAUUUGUUCGAAAUUCUCGUUUCAUACUGAAGGAAAGAACCGCAUCUUGUGACUUUGAGCAGCAAAGCAAAGCUCAAUCGGUUCUUUUACAUUCUUCCACCACUCUGUUUUACCCUGCUCUUAACCGAAGAGGAACAAGCAAAGAAUCCCCUCGAAUCCAGCAACCUUACAAUGCCUAACCGAAAUCCCACUUCUUUCUCCUCCUAUGUUGCCCUAUGCUUCAUGAUUUUCUCCAAUGUAGCUUUGGUAACUUCAAAAUCAACCAUCGAACCCUGUUCAAACUCCGAUUCCUGCAACGCCUUGCUGGGAUACAAUCUCUACACUGAUUUGAAAGUGGCGGAGGUUGCUUCCCUCUUCCAGGUUGACCCCAUUUCCAUCCUAACAGCUAACGCCAUCGAUAUCUCUUACCCUGACGUCGAAAACCACAUCCUUCCUUCCAACCUCUUCCUCAAGAUACCUAUCCUCUGUUCCUGCGUUGAUGGAAUUCGAAAAUCCGUUUCCACUAAGUACAAAACUCGCCCACAGGACACACUUUCAUCCAUUGCUGACUCGAUUUAUGCUGGUUUGGUGUCAGCUGAUCAGAUUAAGGAGGCUAACUCCAUUUCUGAUCCUUCUGUUCUUGAUGUGGGGGAGAACCUUGUCGUUCCUUUGCCCUGUACUUGUUUUAAUGGGACUGAUAAUGGACUGCCCGCCAUUUAUCUGUCCUAUGUGGUGAAGGCUGUGGAUACUUUAGCUGGAAUUGCAGCCAGUUAUUCCACUACCAUCACUGAUUUGAUGAAUGUUAAUGCGAUGGGGAGUACUUCUAUUAAGGCCGGUGAUAUUCUAGCUGUUCCUUUAUCAGCUUGUGCUUCAAAUUUUCCUAGAUAUGCCUCAGAUUAUGGAAUGAUUGUUCCUAAUGGGAGCUAUGCUAUUACUGCCAGCCACUGUGUCCAGUGCAGUUGUGGGCCCGGGAGUCGCAAUCUGUACUGUAUGCCGUCUUCAUUGGCUGUUUCUUGUUCAAGUAUGCAAUGUAAAAGCAGCAAUCUUAAGCUGGGGAAUGUUACAGUGCAACAAAGUAGUGCUGGAUGCAAUGUUACUUCUUGUGCUUAUGGUGGUUAUGCUAAUGGAACCAUUAUCACUUGGUUGUCAUCAUCUCUUCAACCCCGAUGUCCAGGACCGCAGCAAUUUCCUCCCCUUCUAGCCCCACCUACUCAUGUAACACGGGAUUCGGCUUUCGCCCCGGCACCUGCACCCCAGUCAGAUGGUGGUUCCACAACAACUGUGCCUAAGACAGUGCCAUCUACUGGGUCACUUCCUGGACUUGCCCCAGCAGGUGCCCCUAUCGGAAGUACAUCUGAUGCUUCAACUUUGGUGAAUUUGGUUGCUGCUGUUCCUACUGCACUUAUGAUUUUUUUGCUUAUCAAAUUAAUCCCACCCUUCUCCUUGUCUAGUCUUUGUUAUUGCUACAAUACUAGUGGGGAACAGCAUAAGAGAAUUGCUCGUUUUGAACCUAUCGGGUCUGGUCUUUCUGGUUCACCAGAGGAUGUUGCUUAAAAAUGUAAUAUCAAAUAUAUUGGUUACAGAAGUUUUUAAGACAUAGGAUUGAUCUUUUAAAGCUUUUAACUAAAAACAAAUUGGACAGUAGGUGCUAAAUAUCUGGUUUCAAAUCCACCGUGUAUACUCUUUUCUUAUCAAAUAUGGAAAAAAGUUUAUAUUUUCCAUCUUUUUA